UGGGCUUUCGUUUGCCGAGUGCUGUCCCGGAGUCCAAUCCGCGAAUACACGAAUUUGCGAGGUGGGGGUCGCCUAAUUGAGAUAUAUGUCGGAGAUGCAGCAGGUGACACUAUCCGGAUCACCCUCUUCAACGAAGCCGUCACCGCGUUUUACGACGUUGUCUCGCCGGGGAGCACCUGCUACUUUUCUGCGGGUCGGAUCAAG